AUGAUAUAUUAUGAUCAAUCGUUAUCAAUCAUUAUCAAUCGUUGUAUUGUUUGUGUCAGUGUCAGGACCGGGACUGUGAAGUUUUUCAAUCCCAACAAGGGCUGGGGGUUCAUCGAAUGCGCGGCAGCUGGUACCGAUGUGUUUUUGUACAAGGGCGACCUGAAGGGCAUGUGUGUUGAGCCCGGUCAGACAGUUCAAUUCAAUACGAUUCAGAACGAGAAAGGGACACAGGCACAAGAUGUCACUGUGGUAGUUGCUCCACAUGAAGCUUCGUACUUUGGUGAGAUCAAGUCCUUUAAUCCAAUGAAGGGAUAUGGUUUCAUUUCUAGCCCAGCCUUCCCUGAGCAAGACGUCUUCCUGCUCAAGACCGACUUGCCAGGACAACAUGGUCCUUCAGGAACACCAGUCAAGUUCAAGGUUGUGCUGGAGGCAAAGGGCUACGCCGCCAAAGAGGUCAUGUUGUUGGGUGAAGCCGGAAAGCAGGUCCAGAUGAUGAAUCAGAUGAUGGGCGCUUGGGGUAUGGGCCCCAUGAUGAACAUGAUGGGCGGCAUGGGCAAAGGUAUGGGAAAGAUGGGCAAAGGCAGCCCUAUGGGACAGAUGGGACAGAUGGGCGGCGGCAAAGGCAUGAGCAAAGGCAACAUGGUAUGGCAACCGCAGUUCAUGAAGAAGGGAAUGGGCCCCAUGGGCGGCCCCAUGGCCUUAAUGGGCAAGGGGAUGAUGUGAUCCAGGGCUGCUGCCAUGUCUCACAGAUCCUGGGCACUGCAUGUCAAGUCGAA